AAAAAGGGAAUUCCGAUCGUAUCUUUGGCGGCAAUCCUCGCGCUGACUCAGAAGACGCCGGCUGAAAUACCGCUGACUAUUUUUUCGCUUGUGCCGGCUAUUACAAUAGCCUGCUAAUUCGCGGCAUAUUCCAAAUACGCCUGUUUAUAUCUCGCACCAUUUUUAUACGCGCCGGUUCAUUAGAACGCGUGAAUACUUGUUUUUUUUGGCGCGUGUCUUUCGCCUCAGACGACACGCGCCCGCGGGGCUGCACGGUGUCUGCACGCGCACUUGCCAGGUUCGCUUUUUUUUUUCAAACCGGAACCCGGAAAACAUGACAAAACAAUCAGCUACGUGCGAAAACCCGAGACAAAAAUGCGAGCGCCUAAACAUACAAAAAAAAGGAGAGUUUAGAAGCGUUAGAAUAUUGCCGUCGGUUAUGGCAACCGUUGCGUUUAAGAAAAAAGAAAAUGUGCUAAGAUGAAAAUAAGCCUGAGAAAAGCGACGUCGUGAUGACUAACAUUCAGAGGAGGCAGAAUAUCAGGUAUAAAAUAUUAUCGUUGUUCGUCAUAAACUUGUGCGCUUAAAACCACCCUUGCAUUCGCCCACUACGUUAGAAAAUUCCAGAAAAACACUCCCUAGAAAAGCGCGCCAGAGAAGCGAAACUGAAAAAUGUUAUUAAAUAAACAUUUUUGGUACGCGUAUACUAUCUCCCUCUAUGCAUUUUUCGCACUCUCGCGACCCUAUAAAACCGCUCUUGAUCGCUCGCGGGUUUCAUACCGUCGGUAGUGCUCCGAUAGUCACGUUUCGCUGUUACAAAAAGUCAGCGUUUGUUAAAAUUAUUCACGGGCUAUUCGAGGAGCGAGUGUCGUGAGAAAUAUAAUGGCCGCUAACAAGCAGAAUAUCGAGAAGGAUAUAACUAAUAACACCCGCAGUGUUAUUAGUUAAUAACACCCGCAGUGACAUCACAAGCGGUCGAAACUUUAAUCGAAAGGGCAACAUGUUACUGUCUACAACAUACACUUUAAACAAUUCGUAUACGAAGAGGGUGCAAGUGGGACUGCAAGCAAACGACGCAGGAAGGUACGAAGCGACGAUAAAACUAAUCGGAAAUUUGACGGAUUAUAUCUACCUCGAACUCGAGGCGUGGCAGAAGUUUCAAGAGGAAUUUGACUUCGUGCAUGCUUACUUGCGCGGGGUUGAUAAAAUUACGCCACAACCCUUGAUCCUAAAGAAUGCAAGUAUUUAUUUUACCACCACUUACGGCUCAAGAGCAAUAAUGGUAACGCGUAAUCGCGAAGCGGGAGAAGAGAAAGCCACAACGGCGGAUUCCGCGACAGCGACGGAGCCACCGAAGAAGAAACGCAAGACCUACUCGCCGUCGAUAGCGAUGCAGAAAAUCACGUUCGAAGGCCUCCAAAGUAUUGCGAGUUGCAUCGACGCGCGGCGAAAACAGCUAUAUUCGCUAACUAAUCUCGUCAACAAUUGCGUCGAAUUUCUCAUUGCGGAAAUCGAACUACAUUUACCCAACCGCUAUUUAGAUGAGGACAUGGUGAAAAACACGCUCUGGAAUAAUUUCGAGGAGAUCGAGAAAAAUGUCCAGCGGCAAUUACUGAACUUUGAUUUUCUAGACGUAUACUUUGACAUUCUCUUUCUGGAGCUAACUUCGUUUCAUCUCCACCAAAUUGUACGAAGAAUAAUAAAAAAUCAAGCGAUGCAACUCGCGUCAAAUUCAUAAUA